CUUUCGUAGAUCGGAUCUAAUUUCUCAAACCGGGAGAGAUAGAAAUUAGAAAAUACGAGUAAAAGACUCUGUUUGGGUGGGUGUGUAUAUUGCUACUAGUGUCUCUCAUUGGGAAGAAGAAAAUUGUCAAACUUGAAUCUUAAGCCUUUUACUUCAUUUUCAACACAGCCCAACUGUCUGUUUUGAGUAUUUUCCAAAAAAAGAAGGGGAUAAAUCAUGUUUAGGCAAUCGCCACGGAGAAACGGGAGAAGUAAAGGGUUAAAAAUAAAGCAUGUAUUGCAGAUAUGUGUUUUGCUUGGUGUGAGUGUGUGGUUGCUUUAUCAGUUACAACAUUCCGGUAGUAAGAAACCGAUUUCUGCAACAACGGUGUCAGAGAGGUUGGAGAGUGAUAGUAAUGUGAUAAAGUUGGGAAGGAAAGGGCUUGACCCGAAAGUGGAGGAAGGGAAUGAUGAUCAUCAUGAAGAUGAAGAUGUGGAAGAAAGUAAUUCGGAUGAGGGUGUUCGGGAUCAUGAAAAUGAUAGUAGUGAAGAGGACGAGGGAAGUGAACAGCAAAAGGUUGAAGAGGAGAAUGGCGUGAGAAGUAGCGAUGAAGGUGAUAAUAAAGAUGAUGGAGACGAGAGUAGAGAAAAGGAGGAUGGGAUCGAGAAGAUGAAUGAAACUGUGAAUGGAAGUGAGGAGGCACAAGAAAUGGAUAAGAAAGAAGGUGAAGGUGGAGAUAGUGAUGCCAAGGAAGUGGAGAAGACUGAUGGAGAAGACGGUGGGUUGAGUAGAGUAGAAAAAAACGAAAAGGGUGAAGGUGAAGAGACGAAAGCGGAGGAUGAAGGUAACCACGAUGAAAAAGAUAAGGUCAAGGAAGGGGAGAAUAUCGAGAACUUAGGUGAUCAAAAUGAAAAAAGAAGUGAUGGAAAUGAUCAAAGUGUGAGAGAGGAGAAUAGGAAAGAAGAUGAUGCGUCGAGUGAAGUGGUCGAUGAAUCACAGAAGACGGUGGAAACAGAGUCGAAAGAGCAAACAGUAUUUACAGACUCUACAAAUAUCAGUUCAGACCCGAAUUCUGCACAAGGCGAAUCAACACAGACGGACUCCACGGAGCAUACUGAAGGAACGGACUCUACUAACAAUGGUGAAAGUUCAGAUUCGAAUGCAACUCCAGAUGAAUCAGCACAUCCAGAGACCGAUGAUCAAAAGACUGAACAUACAGACUCUAACUCCAACGGAGCACAAGAGACGCAGUCAACUCAGACAGAGUUGAAGGAGCAAACUGAUGAUACCAACAAUGACGUAAGAUCAGAUUCAAGCUCGGCAGAAAAUGAGUCAACUCAGACAGAAUCAAAGGUGCAAACUGACGGUACAGACUCUACGAAUAAUGGAGCAAGUUCAGAUGUGAAUGCAACAGAGUCCAAGGAACAAGGGGGGAGUACCAACAGUGAAGCAAAUUCAGACUCAAACUUAACUCAAAAUGAAUCACCACAGACUGACUCCACGGAUCAAAGCGGGAAUACUGAUUCUACCAACAAUGAAUCGAGUUCAGAUUCAAAUUCAUCACAAAACGAGUCAACACCAACAGAGUCCAAGGAGCAAACCGUGAGUACAGAUUCUACCAACAAAGAAGAAAGUUCAGAAGCAACCUCAACACAGACAGAGUCUGGGGUGCAAACUCAAAAUACAGACACUAACAACGGAUCAACUUCAGAUUCAAACUCUGCACAAAAUGAGUCAACCCAUGAGGAAACUUCAAAUAAUGACUCUGCCAACAAUGGAGAAAGUUCAGAUUCAAAAUCAGCCCAAAAUGAGUCAACACAGGCAGAGUCCAAGGAGCAAACUCAUAAUACCGACACCAACGGAGGAAGUUCAGAUUCCAACUCUGCUCAAAACGAAUCAACUCAGACACAGUCCAUUGUGCAGACUCAAAGCACCGAAUCUAACAACGGAGCAAGUUCAGAGUCCAACGCAGCACAGAACGAGUCAACACAGACACAAUCCAAUGCGCAAACUCAAAGCACAGAGUCAAAUAAUAACGGAGCAAGUUCAGAAUCAAACACAGCACAAAACGAGCCUACCCAGACAGGAUCCAAUGAGCAAACUCUAAGUACAGAGUCGAAUAAUAAUGGAGCAAGUUCAGAAUCCAAUGUAGCGCAAAAGGAGCCUACUCAGACAGGAUCCAAUGAGCAGACUCAAAGCACAGACUCUAACAACGGUGCUAGUUCAGAUUCAAAUUCAGCACAAAACGAGUCAACCCAGACAGAUCUCAAGGAACAGACUCAAAGCACAGACUCUAACAGCGGUGCAAGUUCAGAUUCUAAUACAACACAAAAUGAGUCAUCCCAGACCGAUGCCAAGGAGCACACUCAAGGUUCAGACUUCAGCAACAACGAUACCACAGAGCGCGAGGGCACAAACUCAGCAGAUUCUAAUUCUCAAGGAGCACAAAAACAUGAACAAGCCUCUAAUGAGAACAAUACAGUGUCGGAUCAGAAUGAACAGAAAGAUGAAUCUUCAAGUUCGUCGAUACCACAAGACGAAAAGGAUGCUCGUACAGACCUGGAUACAUUGCCAGCUGGAAAUGAAGGAAGCAGCAGCCAUGAUACAGCAGCCGCAGAGUAGAGUUACAUGCUACGGGUUUUUCCCCAUUUUUACGCCUUAUAGUCUGUUAAUGUUUCAUUUCUAUUCUUUUGUGUUCUUCCAGUUCUACUGCAAAGCUAAUAUAAUGUAUGUAUCUGGUGUUA